UAUCAGUAGGAGCUGAAUAAUGGAAAAAGUCACUAGAAUGUAUGUUGAACUUCGAGAUACUACUUCGUCAGAUGGUGCUGUUUUGAAUGUUAAAGACAGGCUCAUUCUUCUCAUUCGAUUAAACGAAAUAAUCCGAUCAGUCCCAUCGACUUCAGUAGUCUAAUGACAUUAAAGUCCCACUGCUGCUCGACGUGAGCUCGCUAUCGUGCUUAUUCUCAUGCGCCGCCCGCUUCGAGUGAACUGCCGGAACGUCAUGGCGCAGUUACACAGGUCUUCUGGUCAUUGCAACACCUUCAGUAAAGAAAUUAGUACUCCCUUUCUGCAACCGUCUCGAACUUCACUGGGAACCAAAACGUACAGGUGAUGAAGGGACGCCAUCAGUUUAAACGACGUUUUAGUCUUCAGCCAGCAUCCUUCAAAGAGGGUCAAGAUGACCCGCCAACCAGAACUUCUAGACACGAGAGGCUAUCAGAGGCCGUCAGUGGACAGAAGGUACCAGAGAGUUCGGUGCGACACAAAAUCGUAGUAAUGGGAGCACCGAAGGUGGGAAAAUCGGCUAUAAUAACUCAAUUCCUCUAUAACACAUUUACUCCCAAAUACAAAAGAACAGUGGAAGAUAUGCAUCGUGCUGAUUUUGAUGUUUCUGGAAUUCAAUUAACUCUGGACAUUCUGGAUACCUCGGGCUCUCAUGAGUUUCCUGCUAUGCGAGAUCUGCACAUACAAUCUGCUGAUGCUUUCAUUCUCGUUUACGACGUCAAUGACGAAAGCACAUUUACGGAAUUAGAGGCCCUUCGCCAGCAGAUCAUCAACAAAAAGGGAGAAAACGUACCCAUUGUCGUUGUUGGAAAUAAAACUGACUUGGUCGAUGGAAAUAAGCAGGUAGAAACAGAACGCACAAGGGAAAUAGUAACCGAUGAUUGGGGAAACGGAUUCGUGGAGGUGUCAGCGAAAGACAACCAAGAAAUUUCCAAGGUGUUCAAGGAGCUAUUGAGCCAGGCCAAGGUCAAGUACAAUCUGAGUCCAGCACUUCAACGGCGACGGCGUCAGUCUCUGCCGCCUCCUCAGCAUCUUAAUUCAAGAACCAGUAGCGCUCAUGUCCCGACAGCCGCCCAACUACAGCAUCUUCAGAAAAUCAGCGAACGAACAGAUUCCAAACGAAAUUCGUGUAUAAUUUCGUAAAAAAAUCCAACACCUAUGCUUUAAGGGAUUAUUUCAGCCCCCCACACACGUCCAUCAAGAUGUCGCAUCCGUGAAGAAGACGCGGAACUUACGUCUGUUCUUCGACGUCCAACUAGCGAGCACGAAACGCUCACAAUAUUACACUCAUCAUCAAUAUUUAAUCAAAUAUUAAUUUUUAUAGUGCGUGCAUGAUUUGAGCCCUUUUUGGUGAUUGUGAAGAAGGGAUAAAGUUGUAAUUUCCAGACCUGAUGACGUCAGAUGGAGAAAAAGUAUAGUUUUCUUCCCUAGGGCGUAAAAGUGUGACGUCAGAAGUGAAUAAUGAAAAAUAUACAUCUGUGAGCACAUAUUUUGAGCUCACGAAAAGUAAUCGUCAAGCUAUCAGUUGAUAGAUUACCAUAAAUCACUGAAAGUUUCCGGAAUUUUUGGAUUCUCUGAUUUUUUGUGAAGAUCAAACAUUUUUAUUAUUUCCAAAAUUUUUAAACUUUUAGCGUAAUUUCAUAAAAUUUAUGGAUACUCUGAAUUCAUCAAUUUAAAAAAUCUCAAUAAUUCAUGAAUUUGUACAAUUUUCGAAGUUCAAAAAUGUCCAACACUUCAAAAGUUGCCAUAAAUUUCCGAUGAAUAGCUAUAAAUUACCAAAAAUUGCCGGAAAUUUUCGCAUACUCCGAAACUCCGUAUAAUCUCAACAAAUUUGAUAAUUUCCUACGUCUCAAAAAAUGUUGGAAAUUUAUUAAUUCACAAUCAAUUUUCCAAAUUGCCGUAAUUAUCCAAAAUAUUAAAAAUCUCUUAAAUGUCCUAAAUUUACAUUGAAAUAAAAAUACAAUUUUUGGAAAUUCCUUUAUGUUCCAAUAUUCCAAUAUACAAAAAUGGAAUAAAACGGGUAAUUUUACACUAUUUUUAGCCGUAAUGCUCUGCUAAAGAAACUGGAAGUGACCACAAAUUGCUCCGACUUUCCUAAAUUGAAGAAAAUUUGUGAAAUUUCGUACAUUUUCAUAAUUUUCAAACUUAGAUAUUUUUGUGAAUUUGAAAAGUUAUCACAAAUGUUCCAUAAAUGACCAUAAAAUACCGAAAAUUUGUCGAUACUCUGAAUUUCCUGACUUUCUUCAAUUUCCAGACUUUCAUAAAUUUUUAAAAUUUUUGAAAUUUUCAUAGCUUGGGAAGGGACAAUAAAUUUCUGACAAAUCACCAUAAUUUACCGAAAAUUUUCCGACAUUUUUGGAUACUCUGAAUUUCCGUAUA